AUGUAUGACGUGCCCUCACCGCCAAACACAGAUAUCCCUAGUGGGCUGUCACCUAUUGAGCCCGUGCAAUGCCCGUUGGACUUCUUCACACCGCAAACUAGCAACGGUGGUGGUAGCAGUGCGAUGGAGGUUAACAGACGCGCUGGGAGGACUAGCAGCGACGAUACCGAUGAAGAUAAUGGCGUUGUGGUUAGAGGUCGCAGAAUGCAGACCACUGGAGGAUCCCGUGAAACCGAUGUGGCGGUCGGUAGGGUGCUGAAGGACCCUGCCUUUAUUCGAAAAGUGGUUGACGAAGUGUCGCGGCAGCUCGCCGCGCAGAUGCAACAGAGUGAUGUGACGAAGGAAUUAGAGAACUCACCGUCACAAGGGCUGCCCUCGGCAGUGUUGUUGGUUGUGCGUGAGGCCGCGAAUGCAAUUGCGGGCGCACAUGACGCAGAGUUCUGUCAACGGCUCCAGAAUUACUUUACAGAACAGGAAAAGCAGCGCGAGGCACUGGAGGAGCAGUUCUGGCAACGUGUGGCAGAGCACGACGAAAUAUGGACGCGGCGCGUUGCAGCUGUGCAACUGGAAGGUGCGGAGGCAAUACAGGAACAGCAGCGGUUUCUAACACUUGGUAGAGCCGACGCCGAGUCAUGUGGAGAGGUGCGCAAGGAGCUGUUAAAGCUCUGUGGUGAGGUGAUUCGCACUGUAGAGCGUGCGCCGGGUAAUUCCGGUGUGCCGCGGGCGAGCGACGAUGGCACCGCCCGACAAUCUCCUCAGGGCGACACAGCGCGCCAGGACCGUUUGGAAUUGCGUUUGGAGACGCUUUCAGCAGCUGUUAACGGGCUCUACUCGGACGUGGAGGCAGUUCGCAAGAAGGCUGUGGUCAUGGACGCUCCGCAAGACGGAUGGCGUAAAGAGACGGAGAAACACAUCGCAACCCUGCAAGAGAGUAUGGCUGAUAUGCAGGAAGCAGUCGCCAUCGUUGCGCGGAAGUCACGGACGGUGGAGGAGCGUCUGGAUACAUCCAAGGUGGAAAAGAAAGAGUUGCACACAUUGACAGAGCGGCUGCUCGGAUUGGAGCGACAGGUAGAGUCGCUCCCGUCGCUGCUCGCCACCACGGCACCCCCGCCACUGCCUCCACCGAAUGAAGCGGUGACAAGUCGCGGCAGUAACCCAAUGUCAGUGGAAGACGCCAUGAUGAAUGCGCAGCGCAUUUUGUUUUCUGGUGAUGAGAGGAAAUUGGUAUUGAAAACCGAUCCAUACGCCAAGGCAGUGUCAGCCUUGUGUGCCACGCUGCAGCAAGUGAAUCACUUAUACAAUAUCGGUACCGGUACUUUUGGAGGGAGUCUGCAGCUAAUCUUCGCGAUGCCGCCUUUCUCUGUGCCCAGCACGCUGGCAUCGGCAUGCCAGGUGUAUCUGCGUGAGCACUCAGCAGCGGAGCUGAAGGAAGCGGUGGAGGCUCUCGAUAUUGGCCACCAGACUGCAGAGGUACUGCUGGAUUGUUACUACUGGAUGCAGUCUCACGUUCUAGUGGUGGGUACAGGCUGUGAAGAAAGCUUGCAGCGCUCAAGGGAUGACGCCACGGUUGUCGAAGAUCUCCGCCGUGGCUUGGAGGGGCCGUUAUCACGCACUGGUGCGACGACUAUGCCGUGCACGGCACCGCCCUCUUCUGCCCCAGGCCACGGGGCAUCGUUCGGGGACUUGUCCAAGUCACAGGAAACACCUCUAUUCCAUGAUAUGGCGCCUGCAUCUGGCUCUGACGCUGCGACGCAGACCGAAAAGAUCGUGACAGCGCUGCCACCGCCGUUAUCAGCUCCACAGACGCCUCCACCACCGAGUGUUAACCCCCUUGUGACAUGUGAUGAUGGAAGUGGUCAAAGCCAACUGCAGCGCCCGCACCAACACCAACAGCAGAAUGCAGAGGCUGCUGCUGCUGACGCCACCACUGCGUUGGAAGCACUCGCGGUUGGUCGCUCCCCAGAAGAGACAGAGUCUCUCUGCGGCGUGGUGUAUCACUACCAUCAUCAUCAUACCUGUGGAGAAGACAGAGUGCAUGCAUAUACACCGCAGUGCUCAGGAAGGGGGAAAAGUAGAGCCCAAAACUCGGGGUCGCAGUUAAAUGAACAUGAUUGUUCAGAAGUGUUAGAGAGGCGAAGGAAUGAAACGGUGCAGCGCAUUGAAUCAUCUUUUCUUGACUCCAGUGAUGCCAGGGAGCAGGAGUGUCCACAACCCGUUCCCGCCCUCAACCGCUCACACGUCUACCGAGAUGGAAAGAGGGCCGCAACACCGGGCUGCAUAUUGGGUGCCGUGAACAGGACCUUAGACGUGGCACCGAUACCCUCUGCAUGUGGCAAUGAGUGCCUUCCCCUGCCUUCUGCCGUGUCUGCAUUCACAGACCCUCAGCAGGUGACGGGUGCUACAGGACGUGGACAGCGCUCACUGAAGAAUCCACGGCCUUUUUACACGGCCAUCACACAGCAAGGACGACAGUCACACCGCGGCAACAACGAUGGCCUGGCGAGUGACUCCAGUAUGCGCACUGGGCAUUGUCUUGGGGUCGAAGGGCGAUGCGAGGCACCAGGCCGUCCUCAGCUUCACCACCGCGGUCUUCUUUCGACUACCGUGAAAAACCGCGACGAUCUUCUUGCUGGUGUCAUGGCGGCGCAGCUGCAGCAAGGUCCGUACAUGUACCAUGAUGAGAGAUCACCGACCAGGUGGCGGACAGUUACACGACGAUGA